AUGAUCACCAAGGUGCUCUUCCGCGAGAAGCGGCACGACCCCGAGGAUUGUGUCCUGCUGCUCGACAAGUAUCGUGUGCGCCUGCUCGAAACGAAGACGGUCCCAAUCUACGAGGACUCACCCGCCUACGUUGCAGCCAACCCAGCGAUUCUGGUCGUCGACUUUCCAAGGGCCAAACUGGAUGACAGCUGUUCUUCUGCUCGCAGAACCAGUCAAGACUCUGAUAGCUCGGAUGACGACGAAAAUGGCCCGCUUCACUUCUCCUUCCUGACCCUCGACAAGCUCGAGAAACAAUGCGAGGGACAGACUAGCAAGUUGGCGGCGCUGCUUGCGCGCAACUACUCGCCGUGUGUGCGGUCAUUUGAUGCCGUACCGGUCCCUACGCAGCAGGCCGCGACUUUGCGACAAUUGUUGAUCAACAAAGCCGCCGCCUUUUUUGAGCAAUCCCUCAGCCGUCUGCCUAUCGUCAUAGUGGUUGACGGCCGGGAUAUGCUCGCCGCCACCUAUUUCGGGGUGCAGCGCCUUCCUGGUGAUCGGAUCUCCACAUCGAACACGCGCUUUUUGGGGCCCGCAUCAAAAGAUGUCGAAGCUUUACUCGAUGAUACGAAGGCCAGAUACAAGGGGCGACGCACAAAGGCUAAACAUGUCGUGACUUACGAGUUGCUACCAGAAUGGCAUCGCAAGCGGGUCGUUCGCACUGCCGCCAUUUCGAUCACGUUUUCUUGGGAUGGAGAUGAGGUUCGCUGCCUUGGGAAAGUGCCCGCUGAUGCCAUGGGCACAAUGUCGAUUACCCCAGGCUGGAAAGACAAUCGUGUCUGCCUUUUCGGGAUCAGCAAUGAAUUGGAGCAGCUGCUGAACAUAUGCGAUACCCUGCGUGCGAACGACAUCACACAAAUGAAAUGGCCGAAAGAAGACGCAUCAAAUGAUGAGAUGGUGAUCGCCGCAGACGUUCAGAAGGUCGUUGAAGACUGUCGCGAGUUUGCUAGGCGCAAUGGCUCUGACCAGGGACAUAUGCGUUUCCUCGACAUGACCGAGCAGCUCUGGGGCGUCUACCGGCGCUGCGAAUCAUCCCAACAGCUAGCCCGGGCCAUUCGACUUCUCUUCGACUCGUUGGGCGCCGGCAUGGCAAAUACCAUUGUCCAUCAAGAGAACAAAACGACUCUGGCGCGCCUGAUCCGGGAUGCGUGCCGUAACGAGCUGAUGCUGCCGCGCCUCGAAGGGUUGAUCCCGAUCCAAAUUUUGGCGGAAAUCGGUGCUGAAAAGCUGUCACGGGAAAUUCAGGAAAUUUGCAAGCGCAACGACCUGGUUCGGGAAGAGGAGACUAUUAUCCAACACCUCACCGCAGGCUUCAAGCAAACGACUCCGAUUGAAGAACGCGCACCAGGCCUCAAGAACCUUCUUCUCGCCGUGCAGACAAUGCAGCUGAUGAAGCAAUACAUGAACCCCAGCGGCCAAUUCAAGAUGUAUGAGCUCGGGCAGCGAGUCCUCGAAUUCUUCGCCAAGACCCCGACCGAGCAGCUCGAUGCCGCCACGUUCUCUUCGCAGCACUGCUUCGUCGACUUUGCGUCGAACGUCUUUGAAGUGUACAUGCCGUCGACAUGGUCCGCAGAACAUUGGUAUUGGUGUGGCGGUGACCGAGAGAUCCAUACAAUCACCCACUAUACUCGCCAUUCGCGUCUGGAACACCUGCAGAUGUUACGCUUCAACGAGAAGCUUGACGAGCAGGAGGACCAGCCCAUGGAAGAAGAAGUGAAACAAGAGAUGGAUUUACACGCCGAGAGGAAUAAUACCUUCGCGCAAGAGUACUUUGGCUUUUCGCCUGCAGGAUUGACGGAUAGCGUCCACAAUAUUGUUAUCGAAAGAUGGGGCCAGCUUGUUGACGGCGUUUUGAACGACCCUGCCCUACCAGCGGAAAUGAAGAAUUCGGACACCAGGUCGGCUCUUGCAACUCUACUCAACAAGAACAACGUUUUCAAGCUAGCACUGGAUUGUUUUGAUGAACGACUGCGCAAAUACAUCAUGCGAAUCCCCGAUGAAGUGACUUUGCCAGAGCACCUCGACAAUCUGGAGCUUCCGGAAGGCUACAGUUUGAAGGCGGUUGAGCGAGAAAUUGCGGCGCUGGAGCAGGAGUUGAUAGAGAAACGGAUCACCGUGGCCAAACAACGAGCUGAAGAGCGGGACAUCAACGACAGCGCGCAGAUUCUGGCGGCGAUGUACGCGCGUAUUGCGGGCGACGAUGACGAAACGGCUUCGUAUCUGAGCACGACACUCGACGACCCAGAAGCUGAACCUGUUGCCGAGGAAGCGGCGCAAGAAGAACCACAAGCUGCGCCACCCGCUGCGGCGCCAGCUACGCCACCACCGCCUGCAGCCCCUGAUCCGACCAGCCCCAAGUCGACGGCCACAAAUUCGUCUAGAGCCAACAGCAGCAGCAAAAGCCUCGCCGUCUCGCCAGCCUCAUCGACGAAAAAUCAGCCGAGUGCUGAGGAUAUUUCUGUCGGAAGCGUGAAAAAUGAAGUGUCACGGGCAGCCCGCAAACUCGUCCGCUUGAAGCCGAUCAAGGUGUCGGAGAAGAAGCUGGCAAAAUGGGGCAAAAUUGUUGAAGAACGGCUGAAGCGGCGAAAAGCCGCUGCUGAAGAUCCGGCCACGAAACCGCUCUACACUAUUGACACCCCAUUUCCGGCUGCCGAUAGAUCAAAGGAGAAGCCGACCGACGAUUCGCUGCCGCUGAACGCGGCUGUGAUGCUCGACGUACUGCGCGGCGAGGUCAAAUUGAAGACGAUGCCCGACGACCAAGUGAAACUUGACCCGAUGGCUGAAGUGAAAGAUCUGCGACGGAAGCAGCCUUUCUUCGAAUACGAGGUCGUCUACGGAAAUACGGUCCGGUCGAUGAUCAACGCUUCGGAAUCCGUGAAUACGCGAUCGACGGACCGCAGCGAGUACAGCCAGAUCGCUUCCAGCGGAAGCCCGAGGAUCCACCCGGAUGUGAUGCUCCCCAUGUUUCAAGGGCUGUGGAUGCGGCUGGGGAAGGCGAGGAUUGAAGCGGCGAGGGCGGAAGACGCAUAUCGGACCGAGGAGAUGUGGGCAUCGAUCACCUACUGCAAGCUGUACGACGCCUUGCUCGAACGCGAGGAGGCUGCACGUCAUCUAUGGGCCAUCAAGGCGCCGCGUAUGGCCGACAAGCCGCCCCCGGCUUAUUUCACGCCUCUCAAAAUCCCGUUUGUCGAGGGGAAUAUGGCCAUGGAUGACGCCUACCAACGCUCCAUCGCCCAAGCCGAGGCCGCAAGCCGCGAGCAGAAGAACAUCGGCGAUUUGGAGAGGGCCCUCAAUGACUACGUUCGAGAGCGUCGGGCCCAACUGAAAGCCGAGAUGCUUCGCACGAAGAGGGAGCUGGAGAAGGUUGAAGAAGAAAUGGAGGCGAUGGGCACUGAUGCCGAUCUUUCCCGCAUCAAGUUCGCCAGGCGAUUCUCGGCGACGUGGUUAGACUGCGCGCUGACGUUUCGUUAUGAGACAAAUCGAUUGGGAGAGCUGCUGCCACCGGCACCGCCGCUAAAGGAUCUCAGGCUCAUCAACUGGGCUCUUCCUCCUGCCCCGCCAAGCCCGGCAGCUGAUAUCAAGGUGGAGGAGGCCGACGACACCGUCAGGGUCGGCCCUGAUGACAGCCAGAAGGCUGACGCUGCUCAGGGAGAAGCCGAGAAGGAGGAGGAGCGUGCUGCUGCUGGCUCGGAGGCCUCGAAGACGAGCUUCUUCUACAGCACCAUCGCCUGCGUGCUGCCCGCCGAGGCAAAGUUGAUGUUGAUCGAUCUGCCGAUGCGCGAGGCACCCGUCUGGACGGACAGCAAGGGCUUGAGGUUGGCCCUCAACGGCUCGGCACCCAUUUCCAAAGUCGGCGAGAAACAGUACGUGAGGGAGGACUCGUACAAGGAGAAGCGCUAUGGUGACGUGGUCGACGAGUUUUCCGCGUACAUUGACAAGAUAUUCACGGAGACGCACCUCGUUAAUGAUGUGCUGAUUGGGGAAGAAAAGGAGGAGAAGCGGAUGGGACCGAUCGACACCACCAUCACGCACAACAAAGAUAUCUUGAUCCCGUCGAAUGGCCCUCCUUCAACUGUCCACAGCCCAGAAACGGAAUCGCCGAGCAUGCUGCCCGCGGUCCCCUUGAUCAGGCACAACCGAGCCGAGCCAGUGCCCACCAAUGAGCGCCUUCUUGCCGGCGCUGAAAGCCAAAACUCGACGAAUGCGACCGUAUUAAGUGAGGAAUUGAUGCCGACGGUGAUUGGUGGAUGGAAUGGCACCGAUAAUGCGACCAUGGAGAGAAAUAAGACGCGCCCCUACUGGAAUGGCACCGAGGAGCUGGAAUACGGCAAAGAGCACGAACUGGUGACGAACCCGCCCCGGGACCCGAUCGACGUUCAAUGGGAGACGCUGCCCCUCGUCAACCCGUCCAUGCUGCCGGCCCCAGCGGCCAGUGAACGAGCCCCCGACCCGUACAGCCCGGUCACCUACGGACCCUCUGGUGAGGCGGCCCCAUCGGCGAUCGUCAUCACCCCGCCCAUCGUCCACGACACCGAGUUUGAGCAUCACCCGCCCGCUGAGCAAUACAUCCCGCCCGAUCUCUACCACCACGGCCAAUUCCCCGCCAAGCCCGACCUGGUCAGCAAGCUUUGU